AUGACUUCGGCAGUAGUGGAUGCCAAUGCGGCACACCGCCUUUCGCCCAAUCCGCAAGACGAGACCGAGGGCAAGGGCAAGGUGCCCAUCCAUCUGAUCCUACCAGGUCCUUCAUUCCUUCUUCCCGAUGCAGAACGCUCCACAGCUUCCCCCUCUCCCGCCACUUCACACAAUGGGCCAGCUCACGUGCAUUCAGGCAUCUUGACGCUUCUCACCGCUUGCAGCGUCACGCUACUUCAAGCCAGCAGCGGCAAAGUGA